UGUUGAAAUUGUUAACUUGUUUGAUCUUUGAUUACCGAAACUCACUCGAAUGCACCGAGUAGUUUCAUAAGAUGUAUCUAAAUCAAGAUGUGUAUGUAUGAAUUUGGACUUCACUGCUGAUGAUUCAGCUUUCAUAAACCAGCUUCGUUUUAAUCAAGACAUCUGCUUCUGAUAUCUUCACUCAACGGGAUUGUAUUUACUCACUCAUGUUCUUGAGUCUAGGCUGUGAUAGACUAAGAUACAAAUCAAAUGCCAUCACUAAAGAUGAAGACGAAGUCGUUGGCAGACUCUCUAAGAGAAAACAAUGGUCUCCAUGUCUGUCAAAAAUCAAGCAAGAUAUCCAAGAACUCAUUCUCUCACGUCAGGAAUUUUCAACAUGAAGCAGAACUUGACACUUGUACUUUUAACAAGCAGGAUGAUUAUUUCUGCAGUAAAGCAACUGUUCAGGAAAUAAGAAGUGAUGAAACCAACUGUUGUGACUUGGCAGAUGAAGAAAUUCAAGUACAGAAGCAUCUAUUGUCUUCAAGUGAUGAUGGCAUCAGUUCUAGGACGGAUCAUGCUCAAGCGAAUCUCUCAACCAUAGAAACAAUCUUUUCACCUAUACUGGAGUCCAUUAACAAUGACAUUGAACCAAAUAUCUACGAUCAUGGAGGGAGGGAAAAUGAUAUUAUCUUGCCACCAUGCGGUGAUAAUAACAUGUGUGGUACCUGUAGAAAGUCAUGUGCAUAUCAAAACUGUAAUGUGUCAGACUUUUUCAUUUCGGACAUGAUUGUUUGUAGCUCGUGCAAUGAAAGAAACUCCACAUAUACCGGCAUUACAGAGGCUACAUGUUUAUUUGAUUAUGAUUGGGAUGAAUUGAGUAGAUUUUCUGCUGAUGAAUAUAUGUUACUUCCUUUUCUUGAGGAUAGCAUUGAGACAGGGAGUCACUAUGAAGAUAGUAGCAUCCAUUCUGAGCCUGUCAUCGUUCCAGAAGACUCAAGCAUAUAUGUGGCAAUUCAUCAAUUGAAAACCCGCAAUCAGGAAUCUGAUAUUAAUUCUUAUCCAGACUGGGAUCCAGCAGAGUGCUUGGAUCCACAAAUGUUCAUCAGGAAUCUGGUAGACCUUCCGGAAAUGUCUACAAGUUUUGGUCCCAGCACAUUGCCCCAGGAAUCAAGGGAAACAAAAUCUAUAACCCUAGUACUUGAUCUAGAUGAAACACUGGUCCACUCUUCACUGGAACAUUGUGAUGAUGCAGACUUCACCGUUGGAGUAUUUGCUAGUUUGAAGGAGCAUACUGUGUAUGUGAAGCAGAGACCCUACGUUAGGACGUUUUUGGAGAGAGUUUCAGAAAUGUUUCAUAUUGUUGUAUUCACAGCCAGUCAAAGCGUUUAUGCUAACCAACUUCUGGAUAUACUGGACCCGGAUGGAAAGUUCAUCUCUCGUCGAGCUUAUAGAGAGUCAUGUAUCUUUGCAGAUGGAAGUUAUACCAAGGAUCUAACCGUUUUAGGUGUUGACCUUGCCAAAGUUGUCAUAAUUGACAAUUCCCCACAGGUUUUCCAAUUGCAAGUGAAUAAUGGCAUUCCAAUUAAGAGUUGGUUUGAUGACCCAUCAGAUUGUGCACUAAUUUCGUUACUUCCCUUCCUAGAGACUCUGGUUGAUGCUGAAGAUGUCCGUCCUAUUAUUGCUAAGAGAUUUGGUAACAAGGAUUAAGUGCCCCUUGUUCCUCAUUAUUUCUCACUUACAGCUCCAUUUUUUUAAAUUAUCCUUCAUUUUAGAUGCUCGCGAUCCCUCCUUGAGCUUUUAAUAUGAUAUCUAUACAAUAAAACAUCACUGGUGUUGCCUUGAGUUGCCCCAUGUUUCUUUCUUUUCUUGACAUCUCAAUAGGAGUUCAAUAUAGUUUGUGGAAGAUUGUAGUUGCUGAAAAUUUGUGUUUUGCAGUGUACAGUUAAUGAAGCUUAGAAACUCACAAGGGUGUGCAUAUAGAUUGUUUUUUGGGAUAUAUGUAAUCUGAUAUGUGACUUUGUAUUGUUAUUUAUUUGAUGAUCCUCUUUAUAUGCUUUUAUU